CGUUCCUUUGCUGCAGUAAAAGCAACAUAAUCUAAAAGAAAUUGAGCUGGAUGAGUUACUGUUUCAGAGAAUCUUUUGAUAAUUUAUCGACUCUGUCUUUGCUACUUCUGGAUUAUUUUCAAAGGACAGGCCGGUUUCUGAAGGGGAUGCUGGUGUGUGAACGGGGUGAUGCAUUGAUCGCAGGUAGUACUGCUGGAGGAGGGCCGCAGAGAGCAGAGAAUUUACCCACAGCCCGGACUAUUUGCUUGAGAUAGUCCUUUGUCUUAAUCGCCUCACUGUGACAACUUUUGUUCGUGGUUUUUAUCCUCCCGCAGCAAAGUGCGCUUCUUUGGCACACAGUCACCCCAUCUGUGUCAGAUGAUGUGGAUUAUUUUGGCGUUUGUCCUUGCAACGGCGAGAGCAGAUGGCAGUUUAGGAUGUCAUCUUCCCCGCGACUGGAGACAGCAGACAGAAGCAUGCCGGGCCGAAUUGGCGCAGAUCAUCGUAUUUGCCAAGGUGUUAGCACUGCACAAGGAGUUCUACAAUGUGUAUGACAACUACCUGCCCGUCCAGCCCUCCGACACGGAGCUGCUUUUCUCCGCCGAGAUUGAGCUGCUGUGCGACCAGGCGUGGGGCAGCAUGCUGGAGGUCCCCGCCGGCUCCAGGUUCAAUGUGACCGGUCUGGGCUACUUCAACUGCUUCACGUACAGCGUCACCAAAGACAACAACUACUACUUCUUUCUAAGGAUGGAUGACAACUACAAUAUUAUCCCUCAUGGCGUGAAUUUUCAGGACCCCAUUUUCUCUGACACUGCAGAGAACCACCGCACGUUUGCCAGCCUUUUCCAGUAUGCCAACUGCACGUCUGGUACCCAGGUCCUGAGCUACUCCCCGGAGUGGGAGGCUCAGGAGGACAGCAGGCUGAUGUGCUCGGCAGUGCAGAAGGCUCUGUUUGAAGAGGAGGAGAGGGUCUGGGCUCUCUCCCAGAAGGUGCGUUCCUUGGAGAAGGCCAACGACCACCUGAAGGAAAAGGUGAAGACCAUGAAGCGUCUGCUGCGCCAGGCCCAGCGAGAGACCACCAAGGAGCAGCAGACCCUUAGCCUGAAGAAGCUUUACGAGUCAAGGAAGCCCCAAACUCACCCCGAUCAGGACACUACCCUGGACCAGAGGAGCCAGCGCCCCAAAAAAGGUCCUCUCCAGAACGCUAAAAAAAUAGACUACAAAUAACAGGGCUGCUCAAUUGAGAGUAAUACAAUGAAAUUACAUUCUUCAUGUCUUCAACACAUUUAAAGACAACGUUUAGGAUAUAUUUUACACAGUUGUCCCAGAUAAAGUAAAGUGAAGGAUUAAUGGAGAUAAAUAAUUUAAAUGGUUUCACACUCUUUAGAGACCUUCAUAAUUGCCAUUAUGAUUGCUUUCUCUGAAUAACCUUUAGCUUUGUUUUUAAUUAGUGUAAUUCAGUUGGAAAACAGACAUUUUCCAAACCUUGAAAUAGCUCUCAGCUGACAGAUGGAUGCACUGUUGAAAACAAUUUGGACAAUGUCAUUGAACAUUUAAUAUGUUGUUUCUUUUUUGUGCUGGACACAUUAUACAUUACGUGAAUAUUAUAAUUAUUUUUUUAGUUCAGAAAUAUCAUCAAAAUUCUCAAAAUUUGAGUGCAUAUUUUAUGGGAUAUUAUAAUGUUUUGUGUUUCACGUGAUGCUCUUACUGUGUAAAUUUACCAAUGUUAAGAAAGUUGUGAGACCUAACCUUGUCAAAUAAUCAUUUUUUUUCUUUCUUCUUUACUUGAGUAUAUUCAUACAUAAACUAUUCCUUAAAAAUAAGGGAAUUGCUUCCCAAGAGUGCCUUUUUUCCUCCCAGAAAAGACAUGGAAGUGUGUUUUUUGUAUUUGAAAACAGAGUGCUGAGCAUUCAUUAGGUCGAGCCAGUGAGCAUGGCGGGGUGCAGGAUUGACUUUUUCUGUGUCAUAAAUUAAAGGUUUGCAUUUGUUAUAUUUUAUGUAUAUUCUUUUAUUAUAAUUGUUGCUUUGUCUAAGCUACAUAUGGUUUGCUUCGCCGAUGGCAUAAUCAUUUGUUUAACAGCUACUGUAUAUUUUUAAUUGUGAAUAAAUUAGCUUUUACAAAACUUAUCAUGUGGUUGCUUUUAGUCAUCCCAGUUGAUGUCGUCUUCAUCGUUUGGAGCCUCAUCCAGUCAAAACAAUGUUCUGUUGUAUUUGCCAUAGCCAAUCGUAGCCUGGCUGCAUUAAAAACUUGCCUCACUGACUUUUCUAGACCUUAUUAUUUUCUUUUCAUAAGAGACAUUUAAAAAAAAUAUAAUGUGUCUAGCCAAACACCGGAACAAGAUGAAGUCGAGUAAAAGAUUUAAACCUCACUUGUAACUUUUCCUGUUUUCCAUGUAUUCAAGUCAGAAAUGAUAAAUGUUUUUUGUCAUGCACAAUGUAAAUAAAUCAGUUUUUUUAAAGAA